CUUAGAAUUGUUCAAAGAAUGAAAAAAGAUUCAAUACAUUCGGGAAGGAGACCUACAGGUUUAUGCGGAGCAGCAUUGCUUAUUGCUGCAAGGAUGCACGAUUUCGGCAGAAGUAUAGGAGAUAUUGUUAAAAUUGUAAAAAUACAUGAGUCCACUUUACGGAAAAGAUUAACUGAGUUUGCUGAAACUCCGAGUAGCGCUUUGACAUUAGACGAAUUUAUGGCUGUAGAUUUGGAAGCUGAACAAGAUCCACCAGCUUUUAAAGCCGCAAGGAAAAAGGAUCGAGAACGAAUAUCGAAGAUGGGUGAAAAUGAGUUAACGGAACUGCAAAAAGAAAUUGAUGCACAAUUAGAAAAAGAUUUAAAAAAACUUCAUAGAAGUCGCUUUAAAAAUAUUCCAGCUGAAUGCUUCGAAGAAGAUGAUGCGACUAAAUUUAUUGCGGAAUCUAAUAUGAAUGUAAUAGAAAAAUGUUUAGCUGAUUAUUCUGGGAUGAAUGAGAUUGAAACUUCGAAAACAAACUUGGAAGGUUUAAAACCGGAUAUACUGAAAAUGUGCACACCUACAUUGAGCGAAAUAUCUCAAAUUGAGAGUAACAAAUCAGAAAGUUUAACUGAAAUUAUUAAUACAAAUGAUGGCGAGCUAAACUUGGAAGGUUUAGACGACGAGGAAAUUGAUGGUUAUAUUAUGACUGAAAAGGAAGCUGAUUACAAGACGAUAUUAUGGGAAAAUUUAAAUGCAGAAUACUUGCAAAGUUUAAAAACAAAAGAGGAAAAAUUAGCGAGAGAACGUGAGGAGGGAAAACCGGAAAAAAAGAAAAGAAAACCGAGAAAAAAAAUUGGUCCAUCUAAUACUGCCGGAGAAGCAAUAGAAAAAAUGUUGCAAGAAAAAAAAAUUUCUACUAAAAUAAAUUAUGAUAUUUUAAAAGCAUUAACAGCCCCAAAAACUAACAAUAAUGCAGAAGAAAAAACUGAUAUUGCUCAUCCAAAAAUUGAGGAAGCGAUAAUACAAAAAGCAGAAACUAUCAAUGGAACUUUGUUAACUACAGUUGCUGUCCCUAAAGGAAUAUCAAAAAGAGAAAAAUUAGAAUUUGGUUUACCAGUGGUUGAAAAUGCAGUUGCACAAACAAAUGCAAAUGAACCCCUAAUUAUAGAAAACAACGAUGAUCUAGUUGAUGAGGAAAUAGACGAACCAGAGGCAGAACAAUAUGAACAAACUGAUAAUGAGUAUUCUUCACUUAAAGAUAUGCUAAAUAAAGGUGAUGAUGAUGAUUAUUAUGGAUAUGAUGAGGAUAAUUAUUAAGAAAAUAAGCAAGAAAAAGCAUGAUUUAUUUGUUGAAAAUAUUAAAAAAACUUUAUUAGUUUUUUUUUGUUUUUUAAUGAAAACGGUCUGUAAAUAUCGUUCAUUUAUUAUUAUUAUGUAUUCGGUCUGUAAAUACAUGUUUAUUUAAAACUCUUAACAGACAUUCUCUGCAAUAAAAAUUUCCUUUAUUCAUAUUUUUGAUUAUGUUCUGCUAUAAAAUUUAAAUCAUAAAAAUUCUAAAAUUUCUUAGGGCAGCUUUUUCUAAACAAUUUUUUUUUUUUUGAAAACAUAUACAUAUGUAUUACAUAUUACACUUAAUACGGCAAUGUAAAAAUAUUUAUUUUAUUUGUGUGAUAAUUAAACAUUGAAUUUUAUUUCUUUAACAUUUUUCUUUAUUUUAUUAUUUUAUAUACAUAUAUUAAUGUGCA